GCUCUUACGGUUCAACUCCCCAUAGCCUUCGAAUUUCCCAUUAAUUUUUCCAGAAAAAUUGAGUCAUCAGUUUCCAGAGAGCCAAGCAGAACUAUAAACUUUUCAAAUUUCUUUCGGUACUUAAGCAUUGAAUGCCUUGAAAACUUUUGUGUAAAUGGAUUCGUUCGUUUUCGAUAACGUGAAAGCAGAGAAAGCCAAGGCGAUGAAGAGGUACAAUCGGCUUCGAAGCUUAGCGAAGGCGUUUCGUUUCUUGGAAUUGCUCUUGGCUUUGCUGUUUUUGGCGUGGAUCUUCGAGCGCGUGCCUUCCGUCGUCAAGGUCUCCGGUGAGUUCAUUUUGAAGCUCGGCGGGAUCGUCGCGAGUCCGCCCUUCGUCUUCCUCGUCUGUAACGUCAUCAUCGUCACUCUCGUUGCAAAGUCCGGCAUUUUCUUCGCCGUUAGCAAUGCCGAUUCCAAAAUCUACGAGGAAAUCACCAAAAUCGCUGAGAAUCGCUCCAAAUCGGAGUCUCAAAACGAGAUUGUGUAUCAAGACAAGGAGAUCAUCUCUGAAGUAAACACAAAUACUCUCAGAUGCAAGGAAACGGAGCCGGAGUCGGACUCCGAUCCUGAGAUGGAUGGCCCGAGAGUCUAUGGAAGGAGCAAGUCGGAGAAGUUGCCGAUAAGAAAAACGGAGGAAGAAGUGACGAGGGAACUACGACGGUCGAAGACAGAAAAGUCCCGGAAAAUUGAAAAUAUCGACGAUGAAUUGUUCCCGGAAGAUGAGUUGAGUAACGAAGAGUUUCAACGAACGAUCGAAGAUUUUAUCGCUAAACAGCUGAGGUUUCGCCGAGAAGAAUCUAUGUCUAUUGUUCUCCAAUGUUCAAACUCUGAAAAAUAAAAAAGAAAGAAAAUUG